AUGCCCGUCGGAACUGAGGCCAAGAAAGGCGUCAUGGGCCGCCUCAAGUCCAAGAUCUCGAGCAGCCUCGGGCGCAAGCCGCCAAAGGACGCGGCGAACGCGUUGACCAACCAAGGCAGCUCGCCGUCGCUCGCGGUCGACGACGAAGACGACGACGACGACGAUAUCGAGCACCACGAUUCGGAGAUCGACGCCAAGGGCGACGACGACCACCUCAGUUCGUCGACCGAAGACGCGACCUCCAACAAUGAGCCGCCCGCCGAUGUGCUCGCCGAUCUCGUCGUUGUGGGCAAAGCUCCGGUGGAGCCGUCGCUCAUGGGCCAGCCGCAGCAGGAUGCAUCGGUGCCCGGCCCGUCCGCCGACGACACGACCACCGACGGCGCACCGCCAUCGCCGGUCAAACGGGCACCGGCGUCGCCCAUGAAACGGCCACCGGCGUCCCCAGCCAAGCGGCCCGUGGGCUCACCCAUGAAGCGGUCGACAGCACCGACAUCGCCCUUGUCACGUCCCGUGGCCUCGCCGGCGAAGCGCGCGAUGGGGUCGCCGGUCAAGCGUCCCGCGGCCGCAUCGCCCGCCAAGCGCGCCAGCAUGGCGGAGAGCGACGGCACGAACCAAGACAUGGCGCCAGUCGCCAAACCCAAAAAGUCGCGGGCGCCGUCGUUCCAUGAAAACGCGCCGAUUCUGGCGUCGGCCUAUAUGGGCGAAGAGCCGCCGCCCGAGACGAGCGGGCCGACGCUGGCGGCCGAGACGCCGUCGUCGCCCGAUGCACCGCCGUUCGACGCCGGUGCCGCCAUCACGUCGACGUUUGGCGAACGUGUCGCGCGGCUCUUGGGCGCCGACCCGUGGGGCGACCGUCAAGAUGGCUUUGACGCGAUCGGCAUCUUUGUCAAGAAGCUCGAUGCGUCGGCACCGGCGUCGACGCUGAGUGCGGCGCUCGCCGCCAUCAACUGCGGCGUCGUCGACCGCGUCGCGCCCGUCAUGUACUGCGCGCUCGAGUGCCUCCAGCACGUGCUCGCCGCCUUUGCACCGCUCGUGAGCGCCAAGCCCAAGCGGUUUGCGUCCGUGCAUCCACAGCUGCACGCUCUCUUGCAGUCACUCCUCGGGAAGCUCCACGACUCGAACAAGCGCACGCAACGCGAGGCGCUGCAUGGUAUCUUGCGGCUGCUCAAAGCACCCAAGCUCCCGGCACUCCCAUUGCUCAUGACUACGUUUGAGGCCGAGCCACUGGACCGCCCGCGCCUCGAGCUCAUCCACGACAUGGUCGCCGACCUCGGCUUUAGCGACACGCUCACGACCGAGCGGGUGCUCAGCUGGACCGUUCCCGCGCUCAAAAUCGUCGACGAAAAGACGCGGAAACUGGCGUUGGAGAUUGCGGCUUCGACCAUCGUGCGGUCGGUCGACGCCAAAGCGACGCUCGAAGGCCUCGUCGGCGUCAAGCCUGCAAUGCUCAAGGUUCUCGCGCGACGCGUCGACGAGAUCAAGACCGAAGGGCCGGGCAACAACCACGCACCCGAGAUGCCAUCGGCGCCCACUGCCGCCGGUAGUAACAACAACAAUAGCAGCCACAACAAUCAGCAAGCCGAGCCCGAACCCGUGCUCAUCGAGGUGCUCCGAGAAGACGAUGCGGCUGUGCUAGCGAUGGUGGUCGCGGCCAUGGGCACCGCCGAGACGGUCGUCGGGCCCGUCGCGUGGCGCAAGCUCGAGAGCAAGACGUGGAGCGACCGGAAAGAGGCGCUCGCCGACAUUGAAAAGGCCGUCAUCGAAACCAAGUCGGACCUCCGCGACGUCAAACCCACGGCCGGCAGCCCGACCCAAGCUCACUUUGUCGGCUACGCCGCGGUGGUCCACCACUGCCUCUACGACUCGAUCGCACCAGUCAUCAACGGCGCCAUCGACCUCUUCUCGACGCUGAUCAAGAUCUACGGCCCGCACAUCGACUGGCGCGAUGCGCUGGUGAAGGACUUGACGUUGCAGUGCAUCGGACGGCUACUCCGCGGCAUGCAAAAGCCCAACAACCGGACGUCAAAAGGCAGUUGCCGCUGCCUCCUCAAGCUCGCGCGCCUCAACGUGCACACGAUGCAAGGAGCCAUUGCGUGCGUGUUUCAUAAAGAGACGGACGCGCUCGUGCAAAUGCACGUGCUUCGGUUGCUCGUGCCCGAGUUUGGCUUGACGACCGACGCCGACGCCGGCGCGCUGCAGCUGCACGCGUCGCUUGUGCUAAGUGCCGUCGCCAAAGCCCUCGCGCACUCGAACGAGAAGGUCCGGCGCGCCGCCAUGGACGUCGCGCUUUGCAGUCAGCGCCUUAUCGGCAAGAGCCGCGUGCUUCAACGCCUCAGCGACGUCAAGCCCGCGACGCUCAAGGAGCUCGAAAAGACCUUUGUCGACAUCGAGAUUCCUGACGGCCGACCGGCGACGGUCAACUCGCCACCAACACCGGCCGAAAGCCUCGGUCUCGGCGGCCCCGAGAUGACGGCGUCCCGACGCACGCUCUCGAGCGCACCCGUGGCCGGUGGCAAGACCAAUGACGACGCAAGGGCGAUGGACUGGACGCCACGGCCCGUCCCGAGCGUUCUUAGCAAUGAAGAAGAGAGCUUGAUGGACGACAUUCUCGGUCUCUGA